UGCGGCCUGACAGUCACCGACCUGCUGGGCAAGUGCCUCGUGAGCCCGGUGGUGCUGGCCGCCUACGCGCAGAACCGGAGCCUGAGCGCGCUGGUGCCGGCGGCGGACAGCUCGCUGUGCCCGCUCUUCGCCUUCUGCAUGUCCUUCUUCGGGCUCGCCUCGACGCUGCAGCUGCUGGCCAUGGCGCUGGAGUGCUGGCUGUCCCUGGGGCACCCCUUCUUCUACCAACGGCACAUCACCGCGCGCCGGGGCGCACUGGUGGCGCCGGUCGGGAGUGCCUUCUGCCUGGCUUUCUGCGCUCUCCCCUUCGCGGGCUUCGGGAGGUUCGUGCAGUACUGCCCGGGCACCUGGUGCUUCAUCCAGAUGGUCCACGAGGAGGGCUCGCGGUCGGUGCUGGGCUACCCCGUGCUCUACUCCAGCCUCCUGGCGUUGCUGGUGGUCGCCACCGUGCUGUGCAACCUGGGCGCCAUGCGCAACCUCUACGCCAUGCACCGGCGGCUGCGGCGCCUCGCGCCCUCGGCCACCAGGGAGCCGCGCGCCACGGACAGCCGCGGGUCCGCACAGCCCCUGGAGGAGCUGGAUCACCUGGUGCUGCUGGCCCUCAUGACCGUGCUCUUCACCAUGUGCUCCCUGCCGGUGAUUUAUCGCGCUUACUAUGGAGCAUUCAGAGAUGUCCAGGAGAAAAACAGAACCUCUGAAGAAAAGGAAGACCUCCGGGCCCUGCGUUUCCUGUCUGUGAUUUCAAUCGUGGACCCUUGGAUUUUCAUCAUUUUUAGAACUUCGGUAUUUCGGAUGUUUUUUCACAAGAUUUUCGUAAGACCUCUGAGGUCUGGGAACUGGCGCGGCAAUUUCUGCCAAACUAGUGUGGAGUCCAGGUUGUGACACUGUUUUACACUCUCCGUUGCUCUAAGGACGGCCUAAAUUUCAGAUGCUCCGAAGAGAAGUGAAGUGGGAA